AUGGAUAGUGACGUUCCAGCCAUGGGGUUCUUGUAUGGUUAUCUAGUAGAAGCUAAGAAUGAGAUCGCUAGGAGGUUUAACAAUGACAGGAGCAAGUUUGAGGAUGUUUUUCACAUAAUUGACAAAAGGUGGGACAUGACUCAAGACAAGAUUAUUGAAGAGCUUCGACUGUUUCAGGAUGCUGAAGGAUCCUUUGGCAAAGAAAUUGCUAAAAGGCAGUGGAAAAACAUCAAUUUUGAUCCAGCUAAAUGGUGGCUGAAUCAUGGAACUAGUGCACCAAACCUCGGAAAGUUAGCUGCUAGAGUUCUAAGUUUGACAUGCAGUUCAUCAGCUUGUGAAAGAUGUUGGAGUUCGUAUGAACAAGUCCACACAAAGAAACGCAACAGGAUCCUUCAUGACAGAAUGAGGGAUCUUGUUUUUGUCAAGUUCAACUCAAAACUAAGGCAAAAGAAGGAAAACAAGGAUAGAGAUCCCAUUGUGAAAUCUUUCCAUGAUGCUUUAGAAGAUGAAGAUAACGAGUGGAUCACUGGCACUGAGCCAACAGAAGGAAAAAUAGAGCAGGAAGAAGAAACUAGAGCAUUAUCACACGGAGUUGCAGCUGCACCUCAAGGAGUAGAAAGAACUAAGAGAACUGUAAAGAGCAAGAAGAGAAAGCGGCUGAUCCCUACAUUUGAGCAUGAGGAGUCAUCUCCAUCUUCUGAUGGAGAAGAUGAUUAUGAUACUUAUAUGCUAUCUGGUUCUGGUUCUGAGGAUGUAGCUGCUGAACAAUACAGUCAGAUCAUUGCUCUAGAUGCCUUGGCUGCCAAUGUGGAAUUGUGGAUGCUUAUGUGCUAG